AAGCUAUUUUGGCUGCAAAGCUUUGUGUAGUGUUGCGGUGUUGAUUUUCAACACCUUCACCAAGGGAAUCGAUCGACAUGGCCGAAGAUGAAGUUGCGGAACUCUUCUGCUGCAGCAUUUGUGAAGAUCUGAUGCUGGCCCCCACAACGUUGGUGUGCUGCGGUCGCUCCUUCUGCAAGGAAUGCCUGCACCUCUGGAUCAAGACCAACGCGCAGCAGGGUGGCAUUCCCCGAUGUCCUGGGGGCUGCAUGGCCAAGGUACCCUUUCGCCUGCCAAAGCACUCGAUUGCCCUGCGGAAAGCCAUGGAGCAGCUUGUGCCAGACAGGCUGGCCUGCAGAAUCAAGGAGGCAGAAGAAGAGGAGGAGGAGAUGCCCUGCUUCGGUGGCUUUAAGGCUUGGACUGAAAUUGCAGCCAGCCGAGAUAUUCUGUAUGGAAGCAGCAUCAUUGUUCGACAGGGCUCUCCAGGCAUAGUGGUGGGCAAUUGCGAUGAUGGAUGCCAUUUGACCGUCAAGUUUGACGAGCGAGAGGAUGGAUCUGAGCUGUGUGUGAACGUUGUUCCAGAGGCUCUCAUGCUGCCUUUGCCUGGUGGUUUUCGUCUGCACCAGCGGGUAGUUGCUCUCUAUGAACUCUUGCUGAACUCGGACAUGAAGGUUCCGCUGGGUUCGGUUGGGCACAUCAUCGGGAGCUUGGGUGGCGACAGAGUCACUGUCCUCUUUGAGCCGAAGCAAGAGAAGAUCCCGGAGUAUCCGGUGAGCGUGAACAUCCGCGAGGUCGCAGCUCAGAGACCCCUGGUCGGCGGCUUCAGCAUUGCCCAGCGCGUGCAGGCGUCCAUGUCGUUGGUGGUGGGCAACAAGGUUGUGGUGCAUGCCGGGUGCCGCGGCACUGUGCUGGCCGAGUUCAGUGACACACGGCUGACAGUGGUCUUUGAGACUUCUGAGGCAGCACCCAACUGCUUCAACGUGUUGCCCCUGGAGAUUUUGCCUUGGUGUGACACUCCGCCAGAGUUUCCCGCCGGCACAUCGGUGCGGGCAGUGCACCACCUGAUGAGCCCUUGCGCCAUCAUCGUGCACGCCGGCACCAGAGGAAUCAUCCUGGGCGGCGUGGAUCCGUCUCUGGUCUUCGUCUCCUUCGAGAACGGUCCGGCGGUCGCGGCAGCCAUCAGCGCCUUGGAGACAGACACGGACGCCGUCGGCGAGACCGCGUGCCUGGGGGGGUCCCUGGAGUCUGGCCGGGAGGAACCCGAAACCUGCUUGGAGCGGAGCGAGACAAUGGCGCCGGAGGCUGGAUCCUCUGACCUCUCUUCCAUCGACCCAGAGGCAUCAGACGAGGAGGCGCCGGAUUCAACAACUGAAGCAGGUAGUGGUUUUGCAUGUGCCGUUUCGACACCAAUCAAUUCAGCACGCGCGACUGUAGUGCUGAACACAGACUGAUUCCUCCUGCAGAUGGAACGUCCUUUUUGACAGGUUUUGAAAAAACAUGUCAGCAGCCAUGCCACUGCUCCUAUCACAAGCCAAGAGUUGUUUUCAA